UCAGAUGGUGGAAUGCUUCCGAGAGAAGCAAUCCGUUCGGUCCAUCAUUGCGAAAGGAAAAGGGGCGGUAAUAGAGGAAGGAGAGACAUGGCAUCUAAAGACGUAACUGCCUCUUGUUUCGUCAGUGUGAGCAGGGAUAUUACAGAGAGUAUCAGGAAGAUUGUUGACAAGUCAUCCAUCAAGUUUAUACGCGGCAUUAAGCUUGACACCAAAAAUGGCAAGUCAGAGGACCGGAUACUGGUCCUCACAACAUGGAGACUCUAUUUCCUGACAGCCAAGGCUCCAACAAAGAUUGAGGUGACAUUUAACUUCUUGGAGAUCCGAGCCAUGAACAGUCACCCAGAGUUUCAGGUCGUCAUAGACUUGGACAAGUCCACUUAUUCCCUGAGGCUUCAGUCACGUGACCACCUCAGUCAUGUGGUCAGCCACGUUAACUUUGCCCUGUCCAGAAUAUUCAACAACUCUGUUUUCUCUCCCUCCAUCUGUCAUUCAGACAGUGACCUUUCUGAGGGAAGCAGGAAGUACUCCCCCAGCUCAGAGACGUCUGUUGAAACCCAGAGGGCCUGUGGAGGGUUUUCCGAGACCUACGCUGCCCUGUGUGACUACAAUGGAAUCAGCUGCAAGGAGGAAGUGCAGUGGGAUGUGGACACUAUCUAUCACUCUCAAGACAACAGGGAGUUUAACCUAGUGGACUUCAGCCACCUGGAGAGCAGAGACUUGGCAGUGAUUGUGGCCUCAAUGGCAUACAACACCUGGUUCACCAAACUAUACUGUAAGGACCUACGCAUAGGGUCAGAGGUCAGUGAGCAGGUUUUGCACACACUCAGUAAGUCCUCUAGCCUGGAAGAGCUCACUCUGGAGAAUGCUGGUCUCAAAUCUGACUUUGCGCAGAAGCUGUCAGUUGCGCUCUCAGAGAAUCCUGCUUCUGUCAUCCACUCUCUGAACUUGGCACACAACACAUUGGACAACCAAGGUGUGUCUAACCUCAUCCAGCAGGUGUGUCGUCUCAGCAAAGGACUGCGUCUCCUCAACCUCUCCAAGACCUCCCUUAACUCCAAAGGUGUGGUGUCUCUGUCUCAAGCUCUGUGCUCCAGUGAUGAGUAUUCCAACUCUCUACUGCACCUGGACCUGAGCAAGAACCCUGGGGUCCUGUCUGGGGAGGACGCUUCGAAUCUGUACCUUUUCCUUUCCCAGCCUAAUUGUCUGGUCCAUUUGGACCUGUCUGACACUGACUGUGCUGUUGACUCUCUAUUUGGGGCUCUGCUGAGGGGGUGUUGUGCUGAUCUCUCCUACUUGAAUCUCUCCAAAAAUUCCUUCUCACACAGGAAAGUGAAGGAGACCCUGCCGUUGUUCCGUCAGUUCUUCAGCUCGGCCUUCAGUCUCACCCAUGUCAGCCUGGCCUCUAUAAAGCUACCCCCUGAUGCCCUGAGGUCUCUUUUCAUAGGUCUGACCACAAACCCUCACAUUAAUGACCUUCACCUGGACAUCAGUGGCUGUGAGCUGAAAUCUGCAGGAGCUUCUGUGAUCCAGGAGCUGUUCCCCAGGGUCUCCUCCAUCGCCACCCUGGACAUCUCUGACAACGGGCUGGAUGCAGACCUUCUCUCAGUCCUACCAGCUCUCUCCAGACACACCUCCCUAAAGCACCUGUAUCUGGGCAAGAACUUCAACAUCAAGAGCAGCAGGGUGCUGGAGGAAAUCCUACAGAAGCUGGUCCAACUCAUACAGGAGGAGGAAUGUGCCCUCCAGUCCCUCUCCCUGGCUGACUCGCGGCUGCGUUCUCGCGGUACAGUGCUAGUAAAUGCUCUGGGUAGUAACACCUGCCUACGUAAGGUGGACCUGAGUGGGAACAGCCUGGAGGACAUUGGAGCCAAGAUGCUGAGCAAAGCCCUACAGAUCAACACCACACUCAGGAGUGUGACGUGGGAUCGUAACAACACCUCAGCUACAGGAUUCCUGGACGUGGCUCGAGCCCUUGAACAUAACUUCACCUUGCAGUACAUGCCCCUCCCCCUCAGUGACAUCAGCCAGGCGUACCGUAGCGCCCCCGAGAGGGCAGAGCAGGCACUGACCAAGAUCCAGCGUGCUCUGCUGAGGAACAACCAGACUCAGCGCUUCUCUCAGAGACAGGCUCUACGGCUGCACCAGGGCCUGGUCACCAGCACUGCUGAACAGGUGAUGGAGCGUCUGUGUGUGCGUGUGCAGCAGCAGGUGUGUGUGCUGCGUGGAGUAGGGGAGAUGGAGGAGAUUCAAGCUGCUAAACAAGUGCUGAAGGAGGCCAGGAACUCUCGCGCGCUGUACCCCUCCCUCUGUGAGCUAGCUCAUGUGCUGUCAGUAGAUGGGCCAGUCAGACAGAGACUGGACUCACUGGCAGGAGAACUGGCCAAGGCAGCUGACAAGGAACUACAGGUGAUAGUUGACUCCAUGGUGUCUCUCUGUCGUGAGCUGUGUCCGCUGUCCUCCUCUGCCGCAGAGAGAUUGAGUCCUCCGCUCUCGUCCGUCUCUGAGCGUGUGUCCAUCCCUCGCUCAGCCAUCCGUACGGCCCUGAUGGAGCGAGCAGCUCAGGACAUCCACCGCGCGCUGGAAGAGGUGAAGCUCUCAGUGGUUUCAUAUCUCACCAACUCCAUUGUGGAUCAGAUCUUGCAGGAGCUCUACGCCACUCAAAAGACCCUGACACGUCAGGUGUCCCAGGUGAAGCGUUGGGAGGGGACAUGUGAUGGAGGGACAGGCCGGAGGUCACACAGACACAGAGACUCUCUGGACAUCACAGACGAGGAGCUGGGCACCAGCAUAGACACAAUUGCCAUUAAGAAGCACAGCUCUAGAACUAGGCGAAUACGACCCGUUUCAACCAGACUGAGCCUGUGUGAUGACUCCAGCUCCUCCCCGCCCCCCUCUACGUCCUCUUCUUUCUCAGCCCUCUCUCGCUCCGCAUCCUGUGAGGGGCUGUCUGAACUCCCGACCCAGGGUGCACCUCUACAUCAUGUGACACGGGUUAGGCCGAGGCCCCCACGGAGACACCGAGCAGGACACGCCCCCUCUGACACACAUUGCACUGAAAAUGGAGCUGUCACUCCUCUUGAUGAUGGACUCCCAGAUUUCUACUCCAAGAGAGUUCUCCCUGAUAGUCAGUUGUCCUCUCUCCAUAAAGCCCACUCUCUCAGGCGAAAGAAAAGACGCAAUAUGCUGGCCAUCUUUGGUUUCCGUAGGAACCGCAACUCAACUCUCUCCAAUCAGGGGCCAGAGUCUGGCGGAGAUGGGUGUGGGGAGGAGUGUCACACUGUUGCUACGGCACCCACAGGGACAGCCACUGAGAAUGUCUACACGCUGCUGCAGCCCCCUCGUUCUGCUGCCAGGGCCUGCUCUCCUGGUGAGGGGGCUGAUGGGAAGGUGGAGGACCAGAGGGGGGAGGAGCCAGUAGGCCUGAGCCUGCAGCCACUGCAGAGCAUACCACCACAGCCUGGCAUGCCGGGCAGCAGACACCCCUUCUACUCACCCAGCCAGCCAUCAAAGCUAGAGACAGCGCACGAGCAACCUGCAGAUACUGACAGACAUUGGUCAGAGGACAGACAGGUGGACAGACAGUGGACAGAGGGGCUUCACACAGACAGAGAGAGGACAUUAAUAAGACCGGCUGACAGACACUCUGACCGGCACUGGACCGAGGACAAACUGUCAGACAAAACAUGGACAGAGGGAAGAACAGCAGAGAGACAGAUGGACAGAUAUUGGACAGAGAGCAGGCAUGCAGAUAGACUCAUGGAAAGACAGUGGACAGUUGACAGACACACACAGAGACAGAUCGACAGACAGUUUGAUCGAGAUAGACAGUGGACGGUGAGCAGACAACAGACAGACAGAAAGUGGGCAGAGGGACGACUGACAGACAUACAGAUAGACAGACAGUGGAUAGAGAGCAGGCAGUCAGGCAGACAGUCUGACAGACAAGCCCAGGGACAACAUCUGGCUCAGAGGCCUCUGCCCCCUUACCCGUCAGACAGGACUCCAUCACCUAAAAGUGAGACUGACUCCCAGAAAAACAUGGAGGCAACCGUGGACAGACAGAAGUACUCUGACACACAGACGGACAGACAUCUGCACUCAGACACUGCUGUAGGACAGGUGGAAGGGUGGAGGGGUGGAGGAGGGGUUCCCCCUGGACGGGUUUCUGUGAAUGCAUCUAAACCAGACCCUCCUCCCCAAAGCAGUAAACCCAUCCAGUCCAAACUGAGACAGAGACAUCUACAGGAGAGCUCUGGUGCAGAGGAGGAAGCAGACGGAGAUAGGGAUGGUGGAAGAAUGGAAAGGAAAGAGAGAGAUCGAGGCAGAGAUGCAGAGGGACAGCCACCUCCCAUUCCUGAAAAGCCAAAGACAUCCUAUGUGUCUUCUCCAAUUGAGUAUGCCAAUGAAAGGCCGAUCCCACAUCUUGCACCAUCUGCAUUCAACAAGCCAGUGCUGGGAUUGGCUGACAGGGCUUUCAGUCAAGGUGAGGAAGCAGUGAGACCUCAAGCCCCAGUGAAACCCCAGAGGAACAGAAAGGCUCUGUCUUGUGACACAGGCACUGACAGGGAUGCCCUAAUAAUCUCGAGAAGCCCCCAAAUCGCAAACCUGUGAAAAAACCUAGACUACUCCAGAACAGAAACAAAUCCUUGGACUAUCCUGGUCUCUCUGCCUCUGUAGCUCUCUCUCUCUCUUUCUCUCUCUCUCUCUCUCUCUCUCUCAUUCUCUCUCUCUCUCUGCCUCUGUCUCUGUGAGAAUGGGAGCAUGUGUUUCCUCUCAUACUUAAUGCAUGAAAACAGAUAUGUUUCUUUGGAUACAGCUAUAUUUGUGUGUUUUUGGUUUUACCAUCAUUGUGGGGACCAGAACUGUUCACAAGAAUAUAAAUAUCUGGGGACAAAUGUGUGUGUGUGUGUGUGUGUGUGCGUGCGUGUGUGUGUGUGUGUGUGUCUCAGACUAAACAAAGCAACGUUUUCAAUCACCCCUUAGGUCGGAAUACAACUCAAACAUGACUUCACUGUUGUUAAUUAUCUGAUCAAAUUGUGUCUAAUGAGAUGAAUCAGUAAUCAGGAAUGUCUCUCGUUCUGUGCUCUCCCAGACAGCGUCAACUCAGCGUCUGUUAACAGAGAGCUGUUGUAAUGUCGAUGGAAUUAAGCUGCUUCAGACCAACCAGCCAGAGGGUUGUCAUGACAACUGGGCAGCAUUUUGUCCGAUGUGGAAGAGGAGAAACAUGCGAGGGAGAAACUAGACUCUAGAGAGAGAGAGGGAACACACGAAUACAGAGAGAGAAAGGGAGAGAGAGGGAACACACGAAUACAGAAAGAGAAAGGGAGAGAGAGGGAACACACGAA